CAGUGCCUGAAGAUAAAGAAGGACCUGCUGUCCAGGAAGAUGGGUCACAUUGAGGAGCUGUGUAACAUGACUGACCCACUGACUGUCUUACAGGAAUCAGACACAGAGGACUUGUGUGAUACUGAGGAGGGAGAUGAUGAGGACAGAGAGAGAUACGAUAAACUCCUCCAAGAUGGAUGGGAUCUGGAUGUGGCUGAGAUCUCACUUAUAUUACACACAGAGUUGUCUGAUAUGGUAAAAGGGGUAAAUGUCUGCCUAAAAAUACAGGAAGCUUCAGAUCUAGUACUGGAUGUUAAGACAGCUAGUAAUUAUCUACAAAUAGCAGAUGACAUGAAAACUGUAUCCAGGUCAGACAUAAAGCAGAAUCGUUCAGAAGCGCCAGAAAGGUUUCAGACCUACAAUCAGGUGUUGAGCAGCAUUGGAUUUUCCACUGGGCGACAUUAUUGGGAAGUGGAUAUCAGUAAAUCAGAGCGAUGGGUAGUCGGAAUGUGUUAUCCCAGUAUAGAGAGGACAGGAGAGCAAUCAGCAAUUGAAUUUAAUAACAAGACUUGGGGUUUCCGCAGUUUAAAUAAUCGUUUUUCAGCAAUUCAUAACGGGAAAAUGACCUCGUUACCUGACAAUAUCUCUGGUAACAGAGUCAGGAUCUAUCUGGAUUAUGAGGCCGGACAGCUGUCCUUUUAUGAGCUGUGUGACCCGAUCCGACACUUACACACCUUCACCACCACCUUUACUGAGCCCCUUCAUGCAGCAUUAGGUCUAGGGAUAGGUCGUUUAAUACUUUUGUAACCAGAGGUCAUUGAUGC